UGUGGACAUGAAGCUAGGGUUAGGGUUGUGGGUGAGGCUUAAGUUAGGGUUGAACCAGGAUGUGGACAUGAAGCUAGGGUUAACCCUAGACCUAACCUUAGUUUAUCGUACUUUUAACCUGUGUUUUAACUUCUCUUUGGACCCGUAAAGUGCUGGAGCUUGGUUUCACCUGGCUCUCACUUUGACCCAAGGUGCAGGAGCCGGUUCCAGAUAAAGACGAGUGUCUCAGUGUCAUGAUCUACAUAACAUGUUGGGUACCUUCCUGGCAGACAGAUUUACUGCAUCCAGAGACUCCUGCUCCUGCUCUCAGUAAAUGGUCGUAUCUGCAUACCAAUGACUACUGGAGAGGCCAGUUCUUCGGUGUGUAUGCAGCCGCAGAUGCUCUUAUCCAGAGCCACUCACAGUUGGUGCAUUCAACUAAGCAUUUCAGAGACCCAAGACGAGAGAAUGGGGAAUGAGAGCAAUACAUCUUGCGACAACAUAGAUGACAAUGUCAUACCUCAAUCAUACAGAUAUGCAUUGCUGUCAAUAUACACUAUAGUGCUUAUUGGAGGGAUCAUCAGCAUGUCCCUCAUGAUCAACAACAUCAAGUUCAACGCCUGCUCGGUGACCACCACAGCCGUCUUGAACCUGAUCAUGGUCCACAUCCUCUUUCUCCUGACUGUGCCCUUCCGCCUCUAUUUCUAUGCGGCCGGCGAGUGGCAUCUCGGCCCUAACUUCUGCAAGGUGGUCAGUGCCAUGAUCCUCGCUCACAUGUACCUAGCCUUUAUCUUCUACGUGAUAAUUCUGGUGAUCCGCUAUCACGACUUCUUCAGGAGUUCUAAGCAGGUGUUCUACAGGAGGCUACAUGCCGUGGGGGCCAGUGCUGCAGUCUGGCGCCUCAUUCUAAUUGUGGUGGUCCCUUUAACUGCUGUGAAAUAUGGAUCAUCUACAGACAGUAACACAACCACCAGUGACAAUCAGUGCUUUAACUUUGGAGGGGUUUUUGAUGAGGAACAUGCUGUAGCUGUGCUGAACUACAUCCUCAGUGCUCUCAUCAUCAUACUUACAUUAGCCCUGGGCUGUUGUCAGAUGUGUAUUCUGUGGUGUGUGUACAGAACUCACAGGGCGAUGAUCUUCUCGCAACAGGAGUUUUGGGCUCAGAUCAAAAGUAUUUUCUUUAUGCUGGUCAUUAUAGUAUGCUUUGUUCCAUACAAUGCAUUCAGGAUUUACUAUGUGAGUCAUUUUAAUGCCAAUCUCCAGGUAAAGAAUGAGAUUGCUCUCGCCGUCACAACAUUCAGCUGCUUUGACAUGCUGACUUUUAUAGGGAGAGGGUCGUUCAGACCCUGUGAUACAAUAUGCUGUGUACCAUGAUUAUCAAUGCUGAUUAUUGAGUCAAAUAGUAUUCUAUUUGCACCUUAUUUGCACCAUGUUAACCAAAUGUACAAAACUACAGUGCACAAAACAUUAGGAACACCUGCUCUUUCCAUGACAUAGACUGACCAGGUGAAUCCAGGUGAAAGCUAUGAUCCCUUAUUGAUGUCACCUGUUAAAUCCACUUCAAUCAGUGUAGAUGA